GAAUGUUUUGAUUUUCGUACAACUCAACCAAAUCUUCAAAAACGUCUCAGCAGCAGUUUUGUUUUAUGUCGUUUGUGGAUGUGGAAGGAAGUCCAGUCCAAAAAGUGGUUCAGUCAUCAUCAAUGCAGUAACAACCUGACAAAGAAGACUGAUAAUGGUUUCUUAUAUUGUGUCCCGCUUAGUUGUGUUGGUUUUCGGCACUUUAUAUCCAGCAUAUUCAUCAUAUAAAGCAAUCAAGUCAAGAAAUGUAAAAGAAUACGUAAAAUGGAUGAUGUAUUGGAUAGUAUUUGCAAUAUUUUCUUGCGUUGAAACAUUUAGUGACAUAUUUGCUGCUAUUAUUCCUUUUUAUUAUGAGGCAAAGAUUUUAUUUAUAUUCUGGUUAAUUUCUCCUUGGACUAAGGGUGCUACAUACAUGUAUAGAAAGUUCAUUCACCCUACACUGAGCAAAAAAGAAAAGGACAUAGACGACUACAUAGCACAUGCCAGUGAUAAAGGCUAUGAGGCGUUUCGUAAAGUUAGUCAAAACGGUCUUCAGAUUGCAGCUAAUGUUGUCAUGAAGUCAGCCGUGAAGGGUCAAGCCACUUUAAUUGACCAAAUCCGCCGAUACCAAUCAGAUGAACAUAAGAAGGAAGUGAUCAUUGACAGAACAAUUCAGGAAGAAACAGAAGAAGAAAUUGAUGAGGGUGUUGUGAAGGAUAGUGGCGAACCCUUGGACAAUAAAAUUGCAGAGGAACGGUUCCACCAGCAGGAAUUAGAAACUCAGGAUGAAGAUUGCCAACAAUUUGGAUCAGACUCGGACAUCGACUUUGAACCAGACUUUCCUCCUGACUUUGCUCCGGAGCCGCCACAACCACUUCCACGCUACUCAACACGCUACGGAAGUAGCAAAACCUUGAACGUAAGCACAGAAAACCUACCUGUAGUCGGCCUACCUCCAUCAGGAAAUCCCCAUGUGCGACAGUCUCCGUACCAAUCUCCGUAUGAAACCAGACAAACAGCACAGCUACCUAACAUGCAUUUUGUGACGCAAAGAACGGACGUUGCUUACUACCCCACUUACGUUAAUGAUCCUAGGUAUAACCAAUUUGGCAGCGAGGAAGAGAACGACAGUGAGAGUGUAGAUGAAGUUAGGUAUAGAUUGUCACAUAACAGGUCCAGGCCUAGAAGUAGUAGUAUGUAUUCAUCCAUGGAGAAUAUUUCAAGGCGUCAUGUUGGGCAAUCACCGAAGUUGAAACAGCGGAGCUACCACGCUUCGACGGAGGCUCUUUCCAAACGACCAAGUGGCUCAACAUCCUCUAGAAACUCAGAGAGCCGAGGUAGCUUCAGAAGGACGGGUAGUCUGAAGUACAACACAAGGAGUUCAACCCUCCAGUAGCAUGGAAUUAACAAGAUACGAAGGCAAUUCAGAUCCUCUUCAAAACAUCACUACUUUUUUUUCAAACUUCUUCUUAAUGUCAUUUUGCAUUAAAGUUGUGUUUAACUUUUAUUUUUUGUUUGUAAUGAAUUUAAGUCUGUGAUAUUUUUCAAAAUGUUUUUGAUGAAGAUUUAUUUUAGCUUUUGUUAGCAUAAAAGUACUGUAUUUAAAUGACAAAGUGGAUUUCAUUUCUGGAUUAUUUUCUAAAUUUUAAUUAAAGUUUGAUUUAAAAUAAGCAGUUAAAACAGGCCACAUAGCUAACACUGCCCUCAGCUAAUGUUACAGUUUAUUGUCUCAGUUUUUGUUCAUAUAUGUUAUUUCAUCCAUCUUCAAUUUGUUGUAGUUCAUUGAAAUAGAGUCAAGGGCAUUUGAUUCAUAGUUGUUUUUGUCUUCCACAUCAGCCUGAAUGUUGAGCAUUGAGGGUCCAAAAUUGUGGUGGCUUCGGGAAUUUCCAGGUGGGUCUCGUAAUUAAAAAUCCCUGGUAGGUUUCCCAGAAAGAGUUUUAUCUUAAAAUGGCCCAAAUUGUACUUUUAGAUCACAAUAUUAAGGAUUGGCAAUCAAAAUCACAUUAUUUAGAUAAGCAAAUUACCUCUGGUCUCAAAUAAUCAGAAUUUCUGGACUAAACACCAUUCAUUUAAAAUAAAACCAAGGUGUUUAUUUUUCUUUUCGAAUAAAUGCCCCUCCCUAAGUGACUGAACAAAUUUAAAAAGUGCUUCAUUCUCAACACAUUCUAUUAAUGUUCUGCUCCAGUAGAAUUACUUUUUUUCUUACCUGGUUGAAAUCAACUAAGUUACCCUCACAUUUUGAUGGUAAUUACAAUGUAUGUGUUGUAGUUCCACAUUUACAUUGAAAUUAAUGGCCAUUUAUUUGAGUAUACAUAUCCAUUUUACACCAAAAAAAAUGAACGCCUCCCUCGAAUAUACAUCCCCUCCAAAAUCCUUCUCAACAAUAAACGCCCAGGAGUUCAUUCAAGUAAAUACGGUACUACAAUUUCAUGUAGAGUAUGUAAAACUAAAGUGUUAAGAUUGGCAUUUACGGAUGUCUGGAAGUGCCAUCCUAAAAUUUGCAGCCUCAACCAUGGUCUACCAAGAAUAAUAUUGUUUAGUAUUUGCUUUUAUUCCUUUGUUAAUUGGCUAAGAAAAUAUUUUCUUUUCUUUGACUUGAAAAAAGUUCAUAAUCUGAUUGGACUUUAAGCCCAUACUUGUUGUUAACUGUUGUGUCAGUGGGAAAUUAAUUUUCAAAUUCAUACCAUAUUUCUCUUUCAUUUUGUAUUAUCUUCAAUUAUCAUCAUUACCAUUAUUAUUACAUUUUCUCAUGUUGACAGAGAUGAUUAUCUCACCAAGGCACCCUCAAUGCUCUCUGUAUACCCUGUCUCUUUUCAAGGCUUAUAAGGUUGUCUUCUAAAAAUGAUUGGUGCAUUUACAUGUUUUGUGUUUAUAUUCCAGUUUGCUGAAUUUAAGUUGAAAUUAUUCCAAAAUGUAUUCCAUUAGUUUUGUAUAUCAUUAUAACUCUGUUAAUGUGACUUUCACUUGUGAAGAAUUCCAUUUUUUCUACUCUCAAUGUCAUGUUCUUUCAUUGUAAUCUUUACUUUUCACUCUCUUGUUUUUCUCACAUUUAACCAUUAAUUACAAAGAUGUUAAAUUAUUUUAAUAUAUUAAUACACAUCUGAAUUAGAAACAUAAUUUAAUUAUAUCCAAAUUACAUUAAAUUAAUUUCUCUCUUGAAUUAACUAAUCCAACUCAUCUUUACCCCUGAUUUCCUGAUCCCCUUUUCUGUAAGGCAGUGGCUAUAGUUACACCAGUUUUAAAUUCCUAAUUCUGAUUGGAUGUUAUUGUAUGUAUGGAUUAAAUUAGGGCAAUAAGAUCCAAUGAUAAUUACGAAUUCAUUUAAAACUAGUUUAACAAUAGCCACUGCCAUUCUGUUGAUCCUAAUCUCACUUUUUAAGUUAUCGUCAAUCUGUUCCAGACCAUGUUCCUAAUCCUUUCUCCGUAUUAAGUUCUCCACUUUACCCCAUCCUUCUCCACUAUGAAACCCUACUCCUCAUUUUAUUCCUCUUUCUUAUUACUGUAUUCCUUUUCUCCUCUCCUUAACUUAAAAUUUCUGUUUCCCUAAUUAUUCUAUGUCAUUUUCUAUAAUCCUUCUAGUCCCAUAAAUUUACUACUUCCAUAUCCAUAAAUCAUUCUAAUCUCCUUUUUCCAUUAUCCUUCUAUCAUUUUCUUAAUUCCUCUGGUUCCUCAUAUCCUUCAUUUACCUACCCAUAAUCCUUUUGUUCACUUUACCCUAAUGCUCAUUAAUGUAUCUCACAUGUUGUGGAAUUGAUUUUCAGUUUUGUUAAAUUAAUUUGAGUUGCACAUGUGAUGAUAAUGAUUUAAUAUGUCUCUUAAUCAUAAAUGAAGACAGAAUAAAUUGAUAAUCUACCUUCUUACACAAACCCAAAUGUGUGUGUUUGAAUUAUAUCUUAUAUCUACAUAUAAGUCCUGCACUACUACUACUACUACUACUACUACUGAAUUUCACAAACAUAAAACAUUUAUCUUAUUAUUUGUAGAGAUUGAAUCCACACACAUCGUUCAAGUAUUAAUGUUCUAUUGGAUUUUUUAAAAUUGUUAUGAAAGCAUUCCUAUAUCAUUUCUGUCCUGGUUGUAUUUAUACCUAUUUGUCUGUUUUGUUUCUGUAUCCAUUUCCCUUUUUUCUAAUUUUAUUUAUCCAUGUUUUUGGUAUUGUUUUUUAUGUUUGUAUGUUACACAUCAGUUCAUCAGUUAAAUGCCAUACUUGCGUCACAAAGUAUUUCUAGAGCUAUUUAAGCCAAAUGUGUUUGCUAAACAAUUUCUAUAUUUAUUGUCCAACUGGUCAUAAAAAUUAAGGACAGAAUGGUUUUUUUUUUAUUGUAGGCAAUUAGUGUGCCCUCUGUUAUCAAUAUUUCAUGUUUAAUGUUGCUGACAUUACCUAUAUUAUUUUUUCACUUGCAUAUUUUGGUUCAUUUUUUUUGUCAAAUACUAACAUACUAUUGGACAUUGAACAUUUUUUUUCCAAGUGAUAACAUUUUCUAAAAAUAUUUGUAUAAUAUUUUUUUUUACAUCUAAAUAAUAUUUUGUGUAUGUUUGUGUGCCUACAUGAAACUAUUUUCUAGAUUCAUGUUUUGUGUUUUGUGGUUUUCUUGUAGUCUUCCACAUUGCCAUGUGGUGCCUUAUUAAAGAUAGGCAUGGUAUUCUGAUAUACAGUACCAUUUUUAUGACAAGCCAUAGGACACCAUAGCCGAAUAAACCUCAAAUAUUCAGUGGUUCUGUUCCUUUGGUCUGUGCUCUUGAGCUAGACUAAUUCUCAGAUUUGUUUGGAGUGGAAUAUCAUGCCUGUACUAAUCAGGGGGACCUGUCACCAUAUACUGUAUAAAACUAUUUUUGAGAAAUGAAAAUGGGGAUGGAGAGGGGAGGGGAGUAGUAGGGGAGGGAUGGGACAUGGAUGUCAGCUGUGUACAAUAUGUAAUGCAAAUAGCUACAUCGUAUCAAAAAUGUUGAUGUAAAUUACUUCAAGUUGAACUAAACUAAACUAGUUAUAGCACAUAGAAUAUGUACCAACUAUUGUCAAACUUUUCAACCCUGAAUAAAUUUCAUUUAAAAAAAUGCUAAUAAAGUCAAGUUUAACUUAAGUUUGAUUUACCAAAUCUGGGAGUACCAUGGAAGAAUUACUGAUUCCUCCAAAAUAUAUAAUGAUGCAUAGUAUUUGUCUACUAUAGUAUAAAGUUUCUAAGUUUUAAUAUGAAGCUAGGGACUCCCUUUUCUCUUAUGAAUAAAAGUACUGUUUGCAGAAUUUGAAUUUAGGGAUGCAAGCAUUAAACCAAAUUUCAAAAAGUUGUUAAUUAUGCAACGUAAAAACAAUAUUAGUAAAAAAAAAAAAAAUUAAUAACCCGUUAAAAAAACAAAAAAACUAUAGUAGAUAAAAAGGAACUACAGAUGUGGACCAACACAUCCAAGAAUGUUGAAUAUCUGGCAAGGGUCAGAAAACCCAGUGGAUCCCCUGAUGGGAGGGUCUGCUGAGCCACAGCUGCAUAGGGUUGGGUUGCUAACCCCAGGUACCCUAAACAUGAUGCACCUUUAGCAAUGUGACAGAGGUAUGUGCUAUUCACAGCCUUCUGGCCUGGAAGCAUCAAUGAAAAAACAGACUGCCUUCGACACUAUUACCUCUACAAAAAAAAAAAAAAAAAAAAA